AUGUCGAAAGGUUUCGUACAACUCGUUGCAUGUUUGUUUGCCUUGUUGAUGGUGAUAACCGCAACUAUAGCAACAACAGUCAACAUUCAAGAUUAUCUUCCAAACUCUGAGAAAUCUCUCAUUGAGCAAGGAACCAGUUCCCUUGAUUGCAGCUCUAUCAUUUCGUCCAUUGUUUCCAAUACUACUAAUGGAGGUUCGGUAAAUGUAUUCUUUCCAAAAGGUGUCUACAGUAUCAAAUCAUCUAUUACUCUCUCACUAGCCACAUCCUCUCUCACCAAUGAAUACGAAAUCACAUUCACAGGUGAAGCAUUUCACAGCUCUGUACUAAACUUGAAAGGAGCAAGUGGAAGAAUCACAUUCCAAAAUUCAGAUUCUAACAAGAGUUUGAGAGUUAGAUUGGCCUUCUUGAGUUUCAUCAAUGAUGGAGACUCUACUGGAAGUCCAAUGGUUGACUUGAAAUCGGUCGACUCAUCAGAUUUUAACAGUGUUUACAUUAAGAAUAAUAAUCCAAAUAAGGUGAUUUCUAAUUUACGUAUCAUGAAUGGUAAUUUGGUUAAAUCAAAUGGUCAUUACAAGUUGCUUGUGUUGAAUGGUGCAACUGGACAUAAUCUUGUAUUCGAUACUGCCAGCUCAGUUGUCAGUACUCAUGUCUACUCAUGCGACACUUGUUUAUUGACAUUGGCCACUGCUCUCGAUAGUCAAUCCACGAAUCUACUCUUCGACAAUCAAAGUUCUCUCAACAAGGAUUCGAAUAUUUUGUGGUCUCUUCCAAAUUCUCAUCUUUCGUACUAUCCAGGUGAUAAUGACUAUUCGAAAUAUACCUAUGGAAUCAGAUAUGGUGGAAUGUCCAAACAAUCAAGCAUUAAUCUCAUUAUGAAUGGAGGUGGAUUUGAAAAUCAACGUGUCAUGAUUCAACCUUCGUCCAAUUCGAAUGACCUUUCGUCUGCUGAUUUCUAUUCUGCUUUAUUUAUGGGAAAUUUGCACGGUAGCUCAGUGAUGCGAGCAUCCAAUGACAGAAAUGGAAGAAUGGGAUUUUAUUCAUGUAGAUUCGUUAAUUUAGUUUAUGGAGUUUCGUCUAAUCCAUCACUUCCAAAUUCAAAGACCUUAAUGGGUUCUUCUAUCUUUUACAAUAUCGAACAAGAAAAGAUGACAUUCGAUUCAAUGACAAAUGUCAUGGGAACAACCAUUGGACUCACUCUCAAAUACAAUACAAUAGCACAAGUUAGUGCUGGAGCUUCUUCCAUUGACAUUACCUAUGAGAGUCAAUUCGACAAGAUUCCAACAUUCUUCUCAAUAACACCAACUUGGGAUACCAUCUAUUACAUUUCAAAAGUUUCCACUGCUGGGUUGACUAUUCAGUUUUCUUCAGCUCCUAGUGCAUCCUCUUAUUUAUAUGUUGAUGUGAGUGCUCAGAGAACUGCAUCAUGUUCAAAAGGAUUUUCUGGUGCCAAUUGUUCCAUUCCAGUUUGUAAUGGAAUUGCAGCAGAUGUCAGUGGUGUUUGUAAUGGAAAUGGCCAAUGUUUGGCACCUGACACUUGUUCAUGCAAUGGAAAUUCCUGGACUGCUUCUAGUUAUUGUAAAGAUGCCAUCUGUGGUGGAUUGAGUGGUGCAAGUGCAUGUGGUGGUUCAAAUCGUGGCUCUUGCUCAUCACCAAAUACUUGCACAUGCAUCAACAAGUAUUAUGGAAAUUCGUGUGAAAAAUUUGAUUGUUUUGGAGUUUUGUAUUCCAGUUCAAAGGUUUGCUCAUCGAAUGGAACUUGUGUUUCACCUGAUAAAUGUUCAUGUAUGAAUGGAUGGUUGGGUGUUAAUUGUAAUGAGACUGUUUCGAAUAAUUCCAAUGGUACAAUUAAUGGAACUAUUGUGAAUAAUUCAACUAAUAGUGGAAACGAAACUUUUGUUUGUCCAGCUGGAUAUGGAGGAGUGAAUUGUUCAGCACCAAUUUGUUUCGGUUAUUUGGCAAAUGAUACGAAAGUUUGUAAUAAUGGAAAGGGAAUUUGUCAAUCUCCUAAUAAUUGUCUUUGUUUGGCUGGAUGGAGUGGAGUCAAUUGUGCCACAAUGUCAGUAAGUGCCUCCAGCUCUUCAACCACCACAACACCAAAAACAUCUACAAGAUUGAAUGAUUCGAAUAGAAUGAUAACUGGAUGGUUGAUUGUUUUAUUAGGUCUUUUUGCAUUAUUUUCUUCUAUUUAA